AUGCUUGUUUCGCCCCGCGGGCCACCAGAAGACACUGGCCCGCGACUGCUGCGCGAAAUAUGGGCUCUGACAGCGCUCGGCAUCCUCACGGUCACUUUGCGGGUGAUUGCAAAAAUCAAGAUCAGAAAGUUCGCCUGGGAUGACGUUCUUAUGAUUUUGGCGUUGUCCUGCGCCGUCGUUGGAUCAGGGUUGGUGACAUUCGGCGUCAAAUGCGGAUUUGGUCAGCAUGUUUGGGAUAUUCAACCCCAAGUCCCUUCAGUCAUAAUGUAUGACUACUUGGCGCAAGCCUUUGGUAUUGUUGGAGGAACGCUGGGCCGCAUCGCCUUCAUUGUGUUUAUUGUCGGACUACUCGGCACCAGGAGGCUAUACCGGGUUAUUUUGUGGGGCUUGGUUGGCCUGCAGCUCGUGACAAACCUGGUACUGAUCGUCAUACUUUUCGUUCAGUGCCCAGGACAUGCUUCGGCUAUAUGGGCACCAAGUGGCAAGGACAACUGUUGGGAUGUUCGUGUUCAAGCGUAUUACGGAUAUUAUCAAGGGUCGUUCAAUUCGGCAACAGAUCUCUACUUGGCGACUUUCUCGACUUGCAUAUUCUGGAAUCUCAACCUUCGGCUCCGGGCCAAGCUAGGACUAGUUGCACUACUUGGGCUGGGUAUCUUUGCGAUGAUAGCUUCUGUCAUCAAGGUAGUGGAAACGCGAGUCUUCGCACACCCGGAUGAUGAUCCAACCGUUGCCACCGUGAGCUAUGAUCGCUGGUUAUUCAUUGAGAGCUAUCUCGUCAUCAUCACUGCAUCUAUACCAUGCAUCCGAUCACUGCUGCGCUCUUCCCGUGAAAAGCAUACCGCCUCUGCGCGAAGUGUAUACGAACUUCACUCGGUGCAUGCUGAGAACUCGGUCUCUGGCUCCAGGCGGAUGACUCCAAACACACCGAGAAAAGCAGAAGCACGUGUGACGGGCGGAAACGAGAGUUUGGAGGAAAUUCUUCAAUGGAACGACGACGAUGUCGAUCAUUUUCAUGAACAAGCAGGGUCUACCAAGUCAGCUCACAUCCACGUUUGA